AUGUUAAGCAACGAUCAGCUUCGUUAUUCGACGACACCAAUAUCAUUAUCAGCGUUAACAGAACGUUUAUCACAAGCAGUAGGGAUUGGGAAUAAUGGCUCGAUAAUAACAGCUAUGUUUUCUUCAUCGUCACCAAACGCGUUAUGCAAUUCAUCGCAGAGCGUUAACAGUGAAUUGAUUCAGCCAACGAUUGCUUUUAAACGACAGUCACUUAAACGUCCUAUGAUUUUUUCUGAACAUUUUGAAGUACCGAAACCGAAAAGGAGAAUGGAACAAAUGAAUGAUAAGUUGAAGAAUUUUCAUAUUUCACUAAAUUCGAAUAUCACUCAGUAUGAGUGGCAAAGGCGACAGAAAACUGAAACUUUUGAAGAACUUGAAGAGAGAUUGAUGGAGGGAGGAAAAGGGAAAAUUAGGCAGCAUUAUUGGAUUUUAUGGGAGACAAAUUUAAGGCAGUGGCAGGUGAUCAUAACUAAAGAUGAAGAGGACAUGAGGGCGACAAGGCUCAAGGAAUCUGACGAUGAAAUGGAUAGUUGCGAGCCAAGUACAUCUCAGAAUCAGUCUGACGAUGCAGAAAUAUCAUUGAAGCUUAGUGCUGAACUUCAACAAUAUUUAAAGCGAAGUCGAGACGCUCCAGUUAUUGUGGAAAAUCCUACUUCAGCCGUAGUACCGUAUAUUCCUGCGGAUCCAUAUCAAGACCCAUCUAUGCAUGGCAGGAUCAAAGAAGUGUCAAGUGAUCCAUACAUACAUAAUAUUUAUGAAGCCGUUUUUUCAUUUGUAACAUUUCCCGAAGAAGAUAGAGCGGAAUCGCCUAUUGUGAAUGCAUACACAAGUUCUAUUGAAAUAAAAGAAUUGGAGAGCAGUGAAGAUGAACCAAUGGAUAUCGAUUAG